AAUUACAAAAACUUUCUCGAUUCGAUAACCUUAUUGGACGCAUGAAGUCACAUGACUGUUUCUUUCUCAAUCUCGAUCCUGAAGACACCGAGAAUCGCAGCAAUAGUGCCAGCUCUCGAAGGAGAAUCACUAAAAGCCUUCCAAUUUCAUAUGCUGCUGUAGAGAAUCCAUUUUCUCUGCUUUCGUUUGGUGUAAUUUUCGUACAAUUUGGUAAAGGUUGUUAGGGUUUGGACUGAUCAGGAUUGGUCUUAGGGUUUCGAAUAUUUAGAAAUGAAGAUCGAAGAUUUGGAUGAUGUUGAAUUUGAUGGGAAGGAGAGUAUUUAUAGAAGGCAGGUUGUUAAGGUUGAUGCCAAGAUGGCUUUGGUCGGGGCGGGGGCUCGGAUCCUCUUCUACCCGACUCUUCUGUAUAAUGUGUUUCGGAACAAGAUUCAGGCGGAGUUCAGAUGGUGGGAUGAAGUUGAUCAGUUCCUUCUGCUUGGUGCGGUUCCAUUUCCCAAGGAUGUCCCACGGCUGAAGCAGCUUGGUGUAGGUGGCGUAAUUACUUUAAAUGAACCUUAUGAAACUUUGGUUCCCACGUCCUUGUAUCAUGCUCAUGAGAUAGACCACCUGGUAAUUCCCACAAGAGAUUACCUUUUUGCUCCUUCAUUUGUGGAUAUUAGCCGUGCUGUAGAUUUCAUUCAUAAGAAUGCAUCUUGCGGUAGAACUACUUAUGUUCAUUGUAAAGCUGGACGAGGAAGGAGCACAACUAUUGUGCUUUGCUAUUUGGUUGAGUAUAAGCACAUGACACCUGCUGCUGCCCUGGAAUAUGUUCGUUCUAGAAGACCACGUGUGCUAUUAGCUCCCUCACAGUGGAAGGCUGUUCAAGAAUAUAACAAGCGCCAAUUAGCAACUACUACAUCAUAUUCUCCGUCUGGAGAUGCAGUGUUGAUAACAAAAGCAGAUCUAGAAGGUUAUCACAGCAAUUGUGAUGAUGCUGGCAAGGAGCUGGCAAUUAUUGCCCGAGUGGCGAGGGCUAGACCCAUGAUGAUGGCAAGGCUGUCCUGCCUGUUUGCAUCCUUGAAAGGUCCUGGUGGCUGCGGACCUGUUUCUAGGCAGCUGUCUGAGGCACGUGCUUGUUAAGUCCCAUGGUCUUCAUGGUGGUUUGUACAGAAAAGCAUUAUGGAAAUAAUUGUAGAAGGAUGAUCAAUUUCCCAUGCUUUCGGUAUCAUUGUGUUUAGCAGAGAAGAAAAAAGGUGAAAAGAGAAAAAGAAAGUUGAAGAGCUCUUCCAUGUUGUGUAUAAAUAUAACACUGAAUUGAUGGGUGAGGAGUGAUCUGCAAUUCUACUUGUACAUAACCUUUGCUUCAGUUUUUAUUUGUUUCAGUCUACUGCUUAUGAAGCCUGGGGCUUUUGUACCAACGAGGCACACUCUUUAAGGUUUCCACUCUGAGAAAUUCUAGUGUUUUUUGAGUCA